CCAGGGGCUUGGACGACGGACCCGGUUAAAUGGAUUUAGAAAAAAGUCGAGGAUCUAAUCGCUGAGGGAUUUCAUAGCCAGUCUUAUUUUAAAGUGCUUUCACAAGUGAGAAAGUGCACACUGAGAAAAUACCAUGACAUUGGGGUCUUGACGGCAAACGGACCCUCAAAUACCCUGAUGUGUCAGGAAUGAUACCAGUACUCGUGUGGUACCACAAUUACACAGUCUAAUUUGUACAGCUUAGCCGUAGGAUUAAGAAGUAUUGUGACCAAGAUAUGGUGUAAAUAUCACUUUUACGAACCACUGAACUCUUCACCAUGACGUAUCAUCUCUCAUUUUGUGGAUGUGGCCUUAUGGUUAUUUAUCAAGUGGGCGUGGUCGAGUGCUUUAUCACACAUGGUGGGCGGUUCCUAAGUCGUGUGGACAAGCUAGCUGGGGCGUCUGCUGGAGCCUUAGUAGCUGUUGCCAUGGCGACCAAGUUGAAAGAAUUCCAUAUAAUGAAGGAUUUGUCCUACAAAAUGGCGGCAGGUAUUCGCCAGAGGGAAAUCGGUAUAUUUACUCAAAAGUCAAAUAUAAUGCUCAGCGUGGAGCAACAUCUCCGCGAAUUUCUGCCAGAAGAUGCCCACCAGAUGGCGACAGGGAAGUUGUUUACGUCACUGUCAGAGCUCUCCAGACACACGAAGCCCAGGUUGAAAAACAUUCUUAUUUCAGAAUACGACAGUAACGGUUUUCUUAUUCAGUGUUUACUCGCUUCAUGCCACAUCCCUGGAUAUGCAGGCACGACAAAACCUUUACACAUCCGUGGAAAGUCGUACAUUGACGGCGGAUUCACGGACAACCUCCCAGUAUUUCCCACGGGGAGGACCAUCACCGUGUCCCCGUUUUCAGGGCAUCAAGACAUCAGCCCCACCGACAGGAGCGUGUUGGGUCUGAGGGUCAGGACGGUGAACCAGGACUUCCAGUUCAACCUCAGGAACCUGCACCGUGGGGUAAGGGCGCUGGUGCCCCCCAAUAAGACCGGACUUGAAAGAAUAUAUGAACAGGGUUGGGGGGAUGCGGUGAGGUUUUUGAAGAAGGAGGGGCUAUUUGAUCAGUGA